AUGGCUGAAUCUGAAUCAUAUUCAGAAAAUGAAAAAACUAACCAAGACUAUGAAUAUGAUCCCGCAUCCACUACGCAACCAAUACCUAGGAAGUAUGCAAGCCAGCAUUUAACAAUUACUAAUAUUGACUCAAGUAAACUAAGUAUUGGAAGCCAAUUAAUAAUAGAUUGCCUGUUAUCUAGAGGAGGUAGUACAACAGAGACUGCUUUAAUAUAUUUCUUUCAAAGAAAUAUGAGUUUAAUUAAAGAUAAAGACGCAACACCAAGAACUGCAUUCAGGAGAGCAGUUUCUGAGAUGCAUGGUACUUUUCCUCUCUUCAUUCAUGACAAAUCUCGUUCACAUGGUUGGAAAUUUAAUCCUCGUUUUAAUUUUUCGAAACCAAACUUAGAUGUUUAUCAACCGAAAAUACUAAAGAGUUCUGAUUCGGAAUCAGGCUUAUGUGGACGUUCUACAGGCCAAACAACUGAAAAUCCUACAUCAAGUGAAAAUGAACCUUCAUUUGACACAGUUUCAUACGAAAAAGAGAUCAUUGAUUUUGUUAAGAGCUGUGACUAUGGAGUAUGCAUGAAUACAAUCAUUAAACAUGUCAAAAAGAAAGAAAUGCCUUUCACUGUUAAUACUUUAGAGAAAAAGAUCCGAAAACUUCUUAAAUCAAGGCCAGAUGAGUUCACUUAUGACAGUAAGACAACUCUUUGGAUGACUUAUGAAGCAAAAGAAAGAUUUUACAAAACAAAGAGAGAAAGUGAAAGGAAAUGCCUUCCAAAGGAAUUAGAGGACUUGGACAUGCUGAGUAUAACAGUAUCUGAACUGUAUUACAUCCUGAAAUCAAAAGGAAUCAUAACAUAA